AUGUACCCUGACUUAGAGAGACUAGAAGUACCAUCACGGAAACUCAGGGUUGACCACUUCGUCAAUUCAGUUUGUGAGCAGUUGAGCUCUUCAGGUAUCCGGACCAUACCCUUUGCUGAUCAUGGGCCUUCUCUAACGGCCCAACAACCCAUUCCGGCGGGUCAGGUGGGAUGCCAGAGAAAAGCUUCGUCCAGAGCGACUGAGGCAGAAGGACAUUCUGUCACCAGGCCAGCCGAAGAGGCAUUGGUGACUGUUUGUCUCGGGUUUGUGACGAGUCCAUUUCUUGUCGACGGAUUUCGUGUUGCCGCGCUGACGACUCAGCCCAUGAUGAAGUCUAUGGAAGAGCAAUUUCCUUCUUCCUACAUUCCAAAAAAGCCAUUCUCAUCGACAAGUCAGACUGCCUCGGCAUCUGUUCAGCAGACCAAGCGGGAUACGGACCUUUGA